GAAGUUUCCCAGAAACCAAUGUCUAAAGUCAAGCCACAGAGCUUGUCUAAGUUCACAACUCAGGCCUGGAACAACACAUUUGGCCACCUGGGAACUGGAAAAGGUGAAUCCGAAGUAAUGGCUGAAGCAAUACCACUGCGAGAAAAGAAGCAGAAAACUCUACCUCGGGCUGAUAGGUGUGGUCUGAAUAACUCUGACGCUCUGGAGUUGUCUGGAUUGAGGAUAGUCCUGGUUGGCAAGACUGGAUCAGGAAAGAGUGCGACAGGAAACAGCAUCCUUGGGAGAGCGGCCUUCAAGGAAGACCCGAGCCCUGUGUCUGUGACCAAGCACUGUGAGACACAGAGCGGGGAAGUGGACGGGACUGUAGUCCAGGUGAUUGACACUCCAGGUCUGUUUGAUACAGCGAUCACACAGGAAGAAUUAAAAACUAGAAUAGAGGAGUGCGUCAAGAUGUCGGUGCCCGGCCCUCACGCCUUCUUACUUGUGAUCAGGCUCGGAGUAAGGUUCACCGAGGAGGAAAGAAAUGCUGUGAAGUGGAUCCAGGAUAACUUUGGGGACGAUGCCUCCAUGUACACUAUCAUGCUGUUUACAUGCAAAGAUCAUGCCAAAGCUGACAAUGCUCUGAAGGAGUGCAAGGAGCUGCGGAGACUCUCUAUUACGUUUGGACGCCGGUACCAUGCCUUCAACAACAAAGACGCAGCGGACCAAGCACAGGUCAAAGAGCUGAUCACCAUGAUCAAGGAAAUGAUACAGGAUAACGGCGGGAAACACUACACUAAUGAGAUGUAUGAGAAAGCCCAGAGGAAGCUGAGAGAGGAGGAGGAGAGGAAGAAGCAAGAGGAGGAAGAGAAGAAAGAGGAGGAGAAGAAAAUGUGGGAUGCAGAGAGGGAGAAGAAAGAGAAAGAGAGAGAAAAGGAGAAAAAGGUUAAAAGGAAGAAUAUACGCGUGGUGGUGGCUGCUGCGGUUGUGUUGGUGGUCGCUGGGACGUUUAUAGCGGUGGGAGCCAACACCACGGUGGCUUUGGCUCUAGGAGCUCCUGUGCUCCUCCUGGGAGUGUUGUGUGGUUUAGCUGCCUUUUGUAUAUGGAAGGGCAUAAGAUGCAAAGCCAAAGCAAAUGUUCCAGUAUAGGCGGAGGUUAGUGACAAGGACAUGUUGAUCCAUCUGCAGUAUAUGACAGCGAUAUAUACAGUAGAAGUAUGUAUUGCACACUACACUGUUUAGAAGUAAGCAGUGAAUGAUGUUGUUUUUUCGCAUUCCGCUUCCAAAAGUAUUUUGUAUUGACACAACAUUUCAAUAACAUCCUAAGUAUGUGAAUUUAAUGCUGACAGUAAACAAACGGUAUGCAAUGCAACACUUGUUUUCUUUUUGUUUGUUUUCUUUCCACUCAUUUAUUGAUCGGAGCUUAUAUAUGAAACCCAUGUCACGAGUUAUACUUGAACAGAUAUUUUCUGGCUUGUUAGAAUCCUAAUAAAUAAUGGUUGAAUGUGUUGACAUGUUGUGCUAUACAUCUCACAAAGUUUGUAAAAACAACUUGCACAAUUUAUGCUUUCAUAACUUAUGUGAUAAUUGGUCAAAUAAAAAUGUUUAUGCAGGUUAA